AAUUUCAACUUUUCAAAAAUUAAUCAACUUCAGUUCUACAUAUUCAAGCUCAGUAAACUAAAUAACAAAAUCAAAGAAACACCUUCACCAGUUUGUUUUUCAAAGUUUCAAUGAUCUUCUUACCAAUCCAAUUCUGACUUCUUUUUGACUCAUCGAUUACUAAUUCAUCAUCAUCACCCCCAACUUCACAAUUUCAACAUAGCUUAUUAACUUUCGAUCCUAUCACUGAACUCAAAGCUGAUUACCAUUUCUAUCAUCGAUCAAUCAAUUCAUCCAUCCAUCCAUCAAUCCCUCAAUCCAUCCCUCAAUCCCUCAAUCCAUCCAUCAUAUACUGAGUAUCUCCUCAUUCUCAUUUGAUUCAAUAAAUUCACUUCUCAUCUUCGAUUCCGAUUCUACACAACUUUACACAAAACCAACAUCAAUCUCACAUCAUCAAGAAUCGAAAAACUCUGACUGAUCUUAUAACCUUCCUAACUCAAUACAAUCAAUCAAGCCUUGAACUUUAAACAUUUUCAUCAUGACAUCCACUGUCAUCGCUACUACAAGCCUUGACUCAAACCUUGAGUCGACGGAAUCCAUCAAAUCACAACUUCCACCCGCGCAGCUACUGCAUCAUCAAAUGCUAUUACAACAAACGGAUGAAGAAGAUGACACAUCAUCAUUGGAGAAUGGAGAGAUCAGGGGACCAGCCGGACCUCAAGAUCCGAAUGCCCUUAUAACAGUUUUUAGCUCUCAAACUGAAUUCAACGUUAAGCAUCCUCUUUAUUCAACUUGGACAUUAUGGUUCGAUAAUGCUUCAAAGAAUGAUAAAGCUAAGAAUCGGGAUGAAUUGAUUCAGAGAGUGAUUGAAGUAGAAUCAGUUGAAGACCUCUAUCACAACAUGGUUCCUCCUUCAUUGAUGGAUAUCAGUUCAAAUUACUACCUUUCUAAACAAGGUAUUAAACGUAAUUUUGCUGCAUGGGAAGAUCCUUCAAACCACAAAGGUGGUAAAUGGUGUGUUCAGCCUUCGAGAGACAAGAACCGUGAAACAAUUGACAAAUGGUGGCUUUACACUACAAAAGCUUUGGCUGAGAACGUUGGACGACAUUUUAAAUAUGGUGUUCUUGGUAUGCCAGAAGGUAAAAAAUUGCAAGUGAUCGACAUAGGCUUUCAUCAGAUUGUGAAUUCCAAAGUCAUUCCAAUUCUACGAAACGGAGAAAAGGUGGUUGGACUGUUUAAAACGGAAUGGAACAGACAAGUGGAUCAUAGAAGCAAAUGCGAUUUUGCUUUGAAUCUCUUAACAAGAGCCAAGUGGGAAGAAGGUUUCUUUUGGUUAUGAUCUCUUUUUGAUCAUUCAUCACCUACAUAUACACAAAAUCUUCAGUAUUUUUGAAUUGAAGUGUCUUUUUUGUUACUUAAAAAAGAGAAAAAAAGGAGUCCACAAAAGUAUAUGAACUCUUCUUUUCCUCAUAAUGUCUUUCUAUUUCUGAAUUUUAUCAUCCGAGGGGAUGGUUUUGUCUUUUUUUUGUUUUCAAAAAGAAAAGAAAGAUUUUUUUGACAAAAACAAAAGUGAUGAGCUUUUUGUUUGUUUGUUGAUUGAUUUUAUGAGUUAUGGUUUUGUUUUUUCUAAAAAGAUUGAUUUUAUGUUUGUCUGUUUUUUCUUUUUGGUUACCUCUUCAAGAGGAAUUUUACCUAUGACUUUAUGGUUGAUCUUUGAUUUUUGAAUUUGUUUUUCUUUUGGUGAAAUACAAAGAGAAAGAGAAAAGUUUAAU